CGACGGAUUAUCAGUAUAGGCAUAAAUUCGCAGCCGCUCGGUAGCAGAGCUCCAGUGGCUCAUCAAUCCAUUCAGCCCAUCGUUGAUCGGUGGGAGUUUUGAAGGAAAGUGGUGUUGUUGUUAUUGUUGGUUGGGACAGAGAGAGGGAGAAAGGGAAAGCUGGACGAACGUUUACCAUGAUCAGUGCCUGUAAUCAGAUGACCAAGGGUCAGAGCUCUAGUGAUCAAUAGUUGAAGCUUCUUGGUGCGUGGGAGUUGAUUGCAAUCGGUUGGCUUAUUUUUAAAUCAAAAGAACUUGUUGAAAAUGUGCACAAAAUUUGUCGUUAUUGGAUCGGUUCUGGCGAAUAUUGUGGUUUUGAGUUGUGCAGUAAACCACACUUGUACAAUGAGUCCGGAAGGAUUUUGUGUGUACCAAGGAAUACGGAUCAACAGUGUUGAAGAAGCCAACGGGGUGGAUUUGCUAGCGCCUACUUAUGACUUGACUAGGAUCAAGUUUCGUGAAUCAAGUAUGGUAGCUCUUCCGGUCGGAAUUUAUUCGACAUUUCCAAUGCUUCAGGAGUUGCGGGUUUGGUGGCAAGGUUUGCACGAUAUCUAUAUUCCAUCGACGCUGUUGCACCUCGACGCAGAAAGGAAUCGCAUCAGUACUAUCAGUUUCGACACAAAUACGGUGCCCUUGUUGAAGAAGCUUGAGCUGGGUCACAAUCGUAUGAAGGCGGUGGAAAAUGUGUCCUUUUUCGAGAACCUAGAAAUAUUAGAUCUGUCCCACAAUGAUUUGCGAACGAUUGAUCUAUCGCUGUUUCAACGCAUGAAACAUCUCAGAACGCUGGAUCUCUCCGUCAACAACAUGGGAAUAGUGAAGAACUCGAUGCAACAUAAGCUAGAAUCCCUAACAGUAUUAUAUUUGAAUGACAAUCGUCUAUCGUACCUGGACCUUAAUGUUUUAAGGCAGUUUCCAAAUCUGGAAACUUUGCACAUUUUUAACAACGGUCUCAUGUACAUGGAAUUUGAAAAUCUCCGCAGCAUGUUUCCCAGGAUCAACAUGCUCCACAUCUACGGCAACGAUUGGAACUGUGAAAAUCUCGCUGAAAUGAUCCUCUACUUUAAGAAAAUCAACAUUCAAGAGUACAAACUCUUCAACUCUCUCAAGUGCAAGGAGAGAGUAAUCGACGGCAUUUGCUGCACGGAGGGAAAAGCUCUCAGCAUCCUCAAAAAAUCAAAUCUCUACUUUUCCAGUUACGUAAACGAGUUGAAUCUUAAUUCCCAACACAUCAUGCAGGAAAUGAAACAAUCGAAACGGGAAAUCCAGAAGCUCAUAGAAUACGAAAAUAAAACUCAAGCAUCGCUGCAAGCCUUUAGCGCAGAUAUGAAUGCGAUCCGUAGUCGUAUAGAGAACAUUACGACUUUAGCCGCUGAAAAUUCAACCAACAACACCAAACAGAAAAAGCACGAAAAAAUCGACAAACUGGUGCAGGAAAUCUACAAAAUCAAGCAGGACCACCAGAGCCUAACUCAGGAGAAUCAAUCUUUCAAAAUGCAAAUCGAGAGCUACGAGAAGAUGAAGUUCGACAUGGAUUCCAUCCGGGAACGAUCCGAGGAAAUGAAAACUUUCAUCCAGGAGCUGAGGGAAGAAAACACUCACCUCAAGGAGGAGUUGCAUCAUCUGCUGGAACAGUUCAACGAGCUGAGGGGAGGAAAACGUAACGUCGGCGUAUGACAAAUGCUUCACUGUCACCAAUAGACUUGGGGGCAAAUUUUUCUGGGACUGAAAUUUGGCUUAAGGUUGAGUUAUAAACUCUUAUAUAGGUAUAGGUUAUUCCUGGAGGAGUUUGCAUCGGUACUGAUAGGAAAUUGUACGGAUCAUCGGAAUUCAAUUGGAGCCAGAAGAGUGAAGUUUUCGUUAGGGUGUAUAUGAUUGAAACAUUUUUUUGAAAUUCAAACCACCUCGGGUAACUACAAGUUUGAUGAUUUAUUUUAGUGAAAAAUUAUUUACUGAGCUUCCACAGUUUGUUCGGUAAGAAUAAGCGGAUGUUCGAAAAAAGUAUUCAGCUAUUAGGCGGAAAUUACCUGCUGUUCGGUAGAAAUUACCGAGCAUUCGGUUAAAAUUACCGAACUCUCGGUAAUUAAAAACGCCAAAGUGAUAAUCUUUCCUCGGUUUGUUCGGUAAAUAUUGCGAUUUUUCGGCAAUAACUACAGAGCGCCAGUCACCUUUGGAGGUUGUUCAGUGAAACUUUUUUGUCGCGAAAACAAUUGCUACUUUGCAUAAUGAUAGUGACUCGUUCACAGAAGAAACUACCAAACAGAUUACUGUGUACACGGAUUAUUAUCAAAAGUUUCGCAUAAAAAAUGCAUAAUUUGGUUCGAGGAAUGUCUGUUUUCUACUCUACUGAAAUUCAAAUAUAUGAAGCUUAUUGAAAAUUUACUGAAUAAAUCUUUACUUUGCAGAAAAACAAAAAACUCAAAUUGAGUCAAUAUAAUGGUUGAUGCUUGCGUUUAGAAACGUUAUUUCGUUUUCACCACCACUUUUCUUUGGUUCUUUUGGAUUGAUUUUUUUUUCGGGUGAUUCAUGUAAGACGAAACAAAAACUGCUAUAUUUUACGUUUCGGCCCACUGAACUUCAGCCAUCUUCAGAAAAAAAAACAUGUUUUGCCGCGAGUUUCCCUAACGGUCGUCUGUUAAUAUUAAGAGACGACCGUUAGGCAAACACGUGGCAAUACUAGUUUUUUCUGAAGCUAAAGUUCAGUAGGCCGAAACAUAAAAAAACAGCAGUUUAAUGUAGUUUUACAUAAAUCACCGAAAAACAUCAAUCAAAGAAAACCAUGCAUAAACGCUUUUUUGGAAGCCUUAAAUACCAUUCAUAAACUGCUGAUGUGUUUUGAUAAAAAUGUUUAAAGUGAUUGUUUCUAGUUUUUCACUGAAUAAAUCUUGGGCUUAGCCCAAAUUCCAAAUAUUGCCCGGGGGUUACAAACUGUUAAAAUGCCCGGAUUGUGCAAGGUUGUGCAGGAUUGUGCAAAAUUUCGGAUUCGCCCGGCCGAGAUGCGGGAAAAUUUUUUGCAAAUUUAAGAAAAAAACAUUGUUUAUUAAAUGGUACACACAUUUUCCACAAUUUUUUUUUUGUUUUAUUCCAUACGCAACUUAAAAUCAAAAACUACCUAAUGGGCAUGUGGUGUAGCCCAGUUGGCAAGUUGCCUCCUAAGCCGAUGUUUGCGAGUUCGAGCCUAAGAGUGAUCAUCUAUUUAACACAGUUGUACUGGAAAGGUUUUUCAAUAACUAUCCGCCAACGUUGAUAGAAAGUCGCGAAUGCCUUAAGAUGGUAAAACGACUAUAAUCGAAACAAAAAAAAAAUCAUACCUACUUAAAUGUCAUUUAGAAAAUCUAAAUAUUAAUUUUGAUUAAAAAGGAAACUUUUCAGACCCAAGCCUUUUUGAAAUUCAAAAAAGUUUAAAAUAUGGCUGACACACUCUAAUCUACAUCCAGUUUAACAAUCACAUUUUUAACCAAUUUGGUUCGUAUCUUUUUUAUCCAAGCAGAACACCAUUUAUUUGAAAAGUUAUGGGGAAUCGUACAUUUAAACACAAAGAGCUUUUUUAAUGAAGUCGUUGAAUUUUUCCUUAUGUGAGCGUGUGUCACGAAAAGAAUCAGCUGAAAUGCUGAGUUCUUUUAUUUUUCUUUUGGUUCUUAUAAAUUAAGCUUGCCAGAUUGUUCGGUUUUAUCCUGGAUCUUUGGAUAUUCAAUUCAAAAUUUGCUGAAAGUCCGGUCCAGCCCGGUUGCCCAAAUUUCAUCGUAAAAGUCCGGGCCUGAUUUAUUCAGCUUAUUUGCCAAAUCGAACAAAAAAAAAAAAAAAAAACAAAUUGUGUUGUAAUGAUUUUUUAAUUUUUUCGUCCCACGAAUUUUUUUCAGUAAGUUUUAGAAAAAUAAUCAGGAAAAAUUUUAUGGAAGCCAAAAAUACAAUUUAAAAUCUGCUGAUAAGUUUUGAUGAAAUAAACAUUUUUUUCAAUUUUUUUUUCUUCAUUUUUGUUGAGUAAUUCCUGAGUUUUGACCAAAUUUGCUCGGAUAUUGCCCGGAUUUUCGGUCGUGAAAUUUGAAAUCAAAUGCCCGGAUUUUGCCAGGUUUUUAGAUAAAAUAACCCGGAUUUUUUCGGUCCAGAUAUGUGCUGAAAUUUUUUUGGCAACCUUAUUAUAAACAAGCUGAAAAGGAGUCUCUUCAGCCUUAUCAUAAAAUCACACUGAAAGCAAGUUCAUUUGUAACACAAAAGGUACGUAGAAGUUCCGAAUGGUACUUUAUAGAAUUUACGGCCUUCAUAAGAUUAUUUUUCAGUAAAUUCUACAGUGUUGCCGGAAAAGCUUUCUAAAUGUUUUAAGUGAAUCUUUGCGUACUAUGGCCUAAGACCAAGUUAAAAACGAUUAUUACUAUUUUUGAUUUGAUCAGAAAAAAAAAUUAACGCACGAAGUUGGUAUUUGGCUUAUACGGCUCAAAUAACUUCAGAGAUAUCGAUUUUUCAAAUUAUCAAAAAGACACCGUGGUGUUCUCAAGGCUAAACUGUCAACUCUCAAAACUAAGUCUUCUAAAUUCAGUAUUUCGGAUGAAUAUUUCAAAAUUUUCGGUUCUAAAAAUAGUUCUCUUGCUUCAGUAUUCAAAAUCAACGUCUCAAAAAUCAGAAUUAAAAAAUCAAUAUUCAGAGUUUUAUGUUCAGUACUAAAUUAGUUCUUAAAAUCGGAAUUUCCGAAUUCACAACAAAUAACAGUAAAUCUGAGAUGGUAGCUCAGAAUCCUUAAUUCUGAGAUUUUUAGAUUCAGGACUGAAUUUAUUUUCAACGUCUAAAUUUUACAAAUUACAACCAAUAUUUUAAGUCAAAGAAAACAACUCAGAAUCCAAAAUUCUUUUCAAAAUAAUUUUCGUAGAAUUUCCACUGGUUUUCCCAUAAACUCACAAUACUCCACUGGAAUUGGUCCAAUCACCCUUCAUCACACAUCAUCGCCACCCAAGCAGCAGUGAACUUUGGACUUUGAUAGUCACCCGCCCCCCGCCCUACACAUUCCGAUCCGAUUGAUGUGCAACCUAACUAUACGAGAUGGCUCCGAAAUGGGGAAUAUAGUAUAUUGAUAAGAAAUUCCAAGAUGCAUCCGCUUCACGGGAAGCACUCUGCUACGUAGAGCGUAGGCAGACCAUCGUUAGUUUGGGUAGAGAACUUAGGAAAUUCUGUAGCUUGUAAGUUGAAAUCGUAGGGAUACUCGAACUGAAAAUUUGCUGGACAAUUAGCCUUAAUGUGGACAGAGUCGAUCUCUGUCUUUUUUUUAAUGUAACUCAAACUAGGUUAAGUUAGAACAAGUUUUUCUCGUCUGGGACGAUUAAAAAAAAAUAGAUAUUCUGGAAUAUCUUCAAGACACUGAAAAUUUUAUAAAAGCAAUGCAACGCCUGGAAAAAUGUCUAACAAAAUAUUGUAUCUGAAUGUUCAAAGCAAAAAAAAAACACAAAAUUACUCAUACCCUCAAGGAUGUUCCAAUGCAUGCUUUCGAAUAAGUGAAACAAAACUUUUGAACAUUCCUCCCCCUAGAAGCUAGAUGAAAUUCCAAAGAUAGUUUUGAUCCACUAUAUUCCUGUGCUACGCGUGUUCCGAAUAUUUGUAAACAGUGGGUUAUAUUUAUAACACAAGACACGAUCUAUG